UUUGUUGCAGUGCAAAAUGGUUCACUGCAUCAGAAGGACACUGUCCAUGACAAUGACUUUGAGCCAUACCUCACCGGUCAAUCAACUCAGAACAACAGCUACCAAUCCAUCACCGACCCCUACCUGUCCAGCUACUACGCCCCCUCCAUUGGAUUUCCGUACCCCCUCAGUGAAGCUCCUUGGUCCACAGGUGGAGACCCCCCUAUUCCAUACCUGACCCCCUAUGGACCCUUGAGUAAUGGAGACCAUCACUUCAUGCCGGACACAGUGUUUGGCCAGCCGGGGGGCCUGGGAAGCAGCAUCUAUCCCCACAGGUUUAACUUUUUCCCCGAAAACCCUGCCUUCUCUGCUUGGGGCACAAGUGGCUCCCAGGGCCAGCAGACUCAAAAUUCGGCCUACGGUGGCAGCUACAGCUAUCCUCCCAGCUCCCUGGGGGGCACCCUGGUGCCUGAUGGUCAGACGGGCUUUCACAGUGACACCCUCAACAAAGCCCCUGGUAUGAACAGCCUGGAGCAGGGUAUGGUUGGCUUGAAGAUCGGAGGGGAUGUCACUGGCCAGGGGUCAGGAGUCAAAGCUGUGGGAUCUGUGAUUGGUGGACCUGCAGUGGCAGCCACAGGGAACGGAGCCACACCUAUUGGAAUGCCCCCAUCCAAACCCACCUCCUGGGCUGCCAUU